GCACAAGAGGCCGGAGCCGGGGAGCCCAGCGCAGCAGCUGCCUUCGGGCCAGUCGGGAGUUAAGGGAAGGGAAAAAAGGCCAGUUACAAGAUAAAAGAAGUCAACGGAAGCCUCGGAUAUAAAAAGAGAACAGGGCUCAAAAAAAAAAAUUUUUUUUUUUUUUGGUACGUCUGGCCUUGACUUCCUGUAUCGCUGCGAGCACUUUUGUUCUCCAGCCAUGAGGAGGUGUUAGACCCUCACUUUGGGACCAUGGUGUUACCAUCACGACUGCACUGGAUCAGAAACAGGCCAUGGAGGGACCGGAUCCGGAGGCGGCAGCUCAACCGACUACCAGCCAGACUCCCAGAAAUCAUGUUGGUAGGAUCCCAGUCCUUCUCGCCUGGAGGGCCCAAUGGGAUCAUCAGGAGCCAGUCCUUUGCGGGGUUCAGUGGCCUUCAGGAGCGGCGAUCCAGAUGUAACUCCUUCAUUGAAAAUUCCUCCGCUCUCAAGAAGCCUCAGGCCAAACUGAAGAAAAUGCACAAUUUAGGACACAAAAACAGCAGCCCUCCCAAAGAGCCUCAGCCUAAAAGGGUGGAAGAGGUCUACAGGGCUUUGAAAAAUGGACUUGAUGAGUAUCUGGAGGGUCACCAGACAGAGCUGGACAAGCUGACAACUCAGUUAAAAGAUAUGAGAAGGAACUCUCGCCUGGGUGUGCUAUAUGACCUAGACAAGCAAAUUAAAACCAUCGAAAGAUACAUGAGACGCCUGGAGUUUCACAUCAGUAAGGUAGAUGAACUCUAUGAAGCUUAUUGUAUCCAAAGACGCCUCCAAGAUGGUGCCAGUAAAAUGAAGCAAGCCUUUGCAACAUCCCCUGCCAGCAAAGCUGCCCGCGAGAGCCUGUCAGAGAUCAACCGGAGCUACAAAGAGUACACAGAGAACAUGUGCGCCAUUGAAGCGGAGCUGGAGAAGCAGCUGGGGGAGUUCUCCAUCAAGAUGAAAGGUCUGGCUGGCUUUGCUCGCCUCUGUCCUGGAGAUCAAUAUGAAAUUUUCAUGAAGUAUGGCCGACAGAGGUGGAAACUGAAAGGCAGGAUAGAGGUAAACGGCAAACAGAGCUGGGAUGGAGAAGAAAUGGUGUUCCUGCCGCUGAUAGUCGGGUUCAUUUCCAUCAAGGUCACAGAACUCAAAGGGCUGGCGACUCACCUCCUGGUCGGCAGUGUGACCUGUGAGACCAAAGAGCUGUUUGCAGCCCGACCUCAGGUGGUGGCUGUGGACAUCAAUGACCUUGGCACCAUCAAACUCAACCUGGAAAUCACGUGGUAUCCGUUUGACGUGGAGGACAUGACCCCAUCCUCGGGCGCUGGGAACAAGGUGGCCGCCCUCCAGAGAAGAAUGUCCAUGUACAGCCAGGGUACCCCAGAAACGCCCACCUUCAAAGAUCACUCCUUCUUCUCAAAUCUACCUGAUGACAUCUUUGAAAACGGGAAGGCAGCGGAGGAGAAAAUGCCACUGUCCCUCAGCUUCAGCGACCUGCCCAACGGGGACUGCACCCUCGCCCCCGGCCCAGCCGACUCUCUCCCUGGUGCCUGCGUGGCAAAUCCAGAAAUCACCAUCACCUCCGCAGAGCUGCCCCCAGGCAGUCAGUCCUCCCAGAACGAGGGCUUGGAGGACUCCAGCUCGGCCUCUUGCAGCAGCUCCUCGAGAGAAGGCUCAGAGCCCCGGCCCCACCCCGAGGGAGAGACCCAGGGGCCGGGGAAGCCCGAGGGCUGCCGAGCAGCCACGGGUGCCGGGCCGGAGCGCCUGUUCCUGCAGAAGGGAGUCGCAGAGGCCCUUCUGCAAGAGGCCCUUCUGCAAGAGGCCUCUGAACUCAAGCCCGUGGAGCUGGACACUUUUGAAGGAAACAUCACGAAGCAGCUGGUCAAGAGGCUCACCUCGGCAGAGGUGCCAGCGGCCGCGGAGAGGCUGCUCUCUGAGGGCUCGGUCAGUGCAGAGUCGGAAGGCUGCAGGUCCUUCCUGGAUGGAAGCCUAGAGGACGCCUUCAACGGGCUUUUCCUCGCGUUAGAACCACACAAAGAGCAGUACAAAGAGUUCCAGGAGCUGAACCAAGAAGUCCUGCGCCUGGAUGAUAUUCUAAAAUGCAAGCCAGCAGUAAGCCGAAGCAGGUCUUCCAGUUUAAGUCUUACUGUUGAAAGUGCUUUAGAAAGCUUUGAUUUCCUGAACACCUCUGAUUUUGACGAGGAGGAGGAGGAUGGUGAUGAGGUUUGUAAUGUUGGAGGAGGUGCUGACUCAGUAUUUUCAGACACUGAGACUGAGAAAAAUAGUUACAGAUCGGUUCACCCAGAAGCCAGGGGGCAUCUCAGUGAAGCCCUGACUGAGGACACGGGAGUUGGGACUAGUGUGGCAGGAAGCCCUCUCCCGCUGACCACGGGGAAUGAAAGCCUGGACCUUACCAUCAUCAGGCACCUCCAGUACUGCACGCAGCUCGUCCAGCAAAUUGUUCUUUCAAGCAAAACCCCAUUUGUGGCCAGCAAUCUCUUAGAGAAACUUUCCAGGCAAAUCCAGGUGAUGGAGAAGCUCUCGGCCGUCAGCGAUGAGAACAUUGGAAACAUCAGUUCUGUCAUUGAAGCCAUACCGGAAUUUCACAAAAAGCUGUCUUUGCUGUCCUUCUGGACCAAGUGCUGCACGCCGGUUGGGGUCUACCACAGCUCCGCGGACAGAGUGAUUAAGCAGCUAGAAGCCAGCUUUGCCAGAACCGUCAACAGAGACUACCCCGGGCUUGCAGACCCAGUGUUUCACACCCUGGUGUCCCAAAUCCUGGACCGAGCUGAGCCCCUGCUUCCCGCCAGCCUGUCCUCCGAAGUCAUCACUGUUUUCCAGUAUUACAGUUACUUUACGAGCCAUGGCGUGAGUGACCUGGAGAGUUACCUGAACCAGCUGGCCAAGCAAGUUUCGGUGGUUCAGACUCUGCAGUCACUGAGAGAUGAGAAACUGCUCCAGGCCAUGAGUGACCUUGCCCCCGGCAGCCUCCCAGCCCCACAGGAGGAAGUACUCAGGACGCUGGCUCUGCUCCUAACCGGGGAGGACCGCGGAGCUAGUGAGGCGGUGACGCUUUACCUGACAGCUGCCUCCAGAAGCGAGCAUUUCAGGGAAAAGGCCCUGCUCUAUUACUGUGAAGCCCUAACAAAGUCUGACCUCCGGCUCCAGAAGGCAGCUUGCCUGGCCCUGAAAAGCCUGAAGGCUACUGAAAGCAUUAAAAUGCUGGUGACAUUGUGUCAGUCUGAUACUGAAGAAAUCAGAAAUGUGGCCUCAGAAACUCUCUUAUCUCUUGGAGAAGAUGGGCGGCUGGCAUAUGAACAGUUGGACAAAUUUCCUCGAGACUGUGUAAAAGUUGGAGGUCGUCUUGCAAGUGAAGUUGCCACGGCCUUUUAAUUACAAGCUGACUCUGCCUAACAGCUGUCUUAAUAAAUGGCCCUGUUAAUCAAGAUGAUGCUGUGACUUAGCUGGAAGCUGUUGAGGUUGUCUGGAAAUUUAAAAUGUUAUGGAAGGAAUCCAAAGUCCAGUUUCACAGUGCUUAUCUACUUUUCCUUUGGCCAAUAGAAUAGGGCUAUGUAUAUUUCAGUAGAUUACAUCAUUGAUUGCAGCUGACAAAGCUUAGUAGAAGAGUCUGUCUUAUCUAGUAUGUGUGGAAUUUUAAAACAGCCAUCUUUGUACUUUUUUGGAAGUUCUUCUAUAAGCUUGAAAUAGUCACAUGAUACUUUGAUAAAUAUCAUAUGCCUUGCAGUUUUUCCUCUGUUGUGUUCUCAGGGUUGAGUGGCCCCUUUAGGUACCUAAUUUUACCUUAAAUGCGAAGCAAAAAAAAAUAAAACAAUUUCUUCAAAUACAAGUUUGCCUGUAGAACCUGGUAAAAGAACACAUUAUAAGAUUUUUUAUUUUCAUUUUUUCAAGCCUCCACAAUUUCUUUUGUUUCUCUAUCGUGAAAAAUCCAAAGGCAUGUUUCCAGUAUGUAAAAAAAAAGAUGGAUUAAAAAAAAAAAAAAGAUAGGUAGAUCACUAAAAAUUACCUUAUUAAGAUUAUACCAUACUCAUUUUUAAGAAGAUACUCAAAACUUAAGCUUUUUUUUUUUUUUAAAAUAAGAGCCAUUUUUUAAAUGAUACUUUUUAUAAUAGAAGUAUUUUGCUGCUAAGGCAGAUCAAAACCAGAAGUUUUCAGAAAGCUGUGAUUUUAAUUCAGAAAGUUAUGAUGCUCCUUGAAGAAGAACAUAGAAGUUGGAGGAAUCCUAAUGGGGUGAAAGGGGCUUCCCUGGAGGCUCAUGGUCAAGAAUGUGCCUAUCAAGGCAGGAGAUGCAUGUUUGAUCCCUGGGUUGGGAAGAUCCCCUGGAGAAGGAAAUGGCAACCCAUUCUACUAUUCUUGCCUGGGAAACCCCAUGGUCAGAGGAGCCUGGCAGGCUACAGUUCAUGGGGUCAAAAAGAGUCAGACACGACUUGGUGAGUAAACGACAACAGUGGGGUGAAAACAGAGGAUCAAUAACAGUGGUCUUCGCUUUUAUAGAAACCACUGUAAGGUAAGGAAGAAGAAUGCCCUGAAUGAUGGUUACUGACCUAGAGAAAUCAUUCAUCACUGGAUAAGAACCUUUGGCCAAAUAGUUAAAACAGUUUCUGUCAUUGCUUUCAUAUCAGGGUAGUAAGUCCUUUAAAUAAAGUACAAGUCCAUUCAGUAGCUCUUACUGAAUAACUUUUCUUCCUAUUAAGAGUUAUAGGUGGGAUAUGCCAAGAUAUCAAAAUAAUAUGUGUGCGUGUAAUUUAAACUGUGGAAUAUCUACUAUUCUCUGAAUGUGCUUGUAUAAUCAUUUAGAUGUUAUUUGAAAUAUUUACAUUUUAGCAAGACCUUUAAAAACAAUUCUUAUUUCUUUUAAAGUGUAAAUUGUUUAUCAGGCUUCCUGGUAGAUAAGUUCUUUCAACUGUGAAGUUACAAUGUAUAUAUGAAUUUGUAAAUUUAUAAAUAUUAUAUAUAUGCAUAUCUUUCCUUUUAAAGGUACAUUGUACAGCCUACAGUUAGUAUGUAUAGUCUGUAGUCCCUGUCAAAUGGUUGAAGUGAUUUUUUUUUAGUAGAAAGUCAAAUCACAAAUGUCACAGAACUGUUUAGUUGUUUGGGUUUUUUAUUUUUUUGAGUAUUGCAUGAAUAAUUAAUUCUAUACCUUUUGUAUUCACUCCUGCAUUUUAUUUUUGGUUGAAAGGGGUGCUUUUAGUUUUGUGGCAUUUGUAUUCGUCACUCUUUCAAUCAUGUAAGUUAAAAUAAAAAUUAUUUUUGAAUUACUA